GGCUCUGUGCACAGCGCUGCAGCUGCCCUAGCCUAUCUCUUUAAAUGAGACCGAGCUUUGCGUGUGUGCACGCGUGUGCGUGUGUGUGUGUGUAGGAGAAACAGCGAGAAAGAGAGGGCCACUCUGUUAUGGAGGACUAGGCGGCGGAAAACACAACAGAGUACCUCGAAAUUUUUUUUUUUUUUUUUUUGCUCUAGUUUUUGAGGGGCUUGCAGAGGCGGUCCCUGCAUCGGUUCUCUGCCUCCUUCGCUACGUUGGACCGAUUCUGAUUUUUGGAACCGGGGCAUUCAUCUUGCGUCUAUAUGGGCUCGGCAGGCGCAUCUCUCGCUUACCGAUAGGACGCACGGGCUGCCUCGCGAUAAUUAUUUAUUUCGCCCAUUCUGCGCCGCAACGUUGGGAGAAACGUGAUCCGAGAGGCAGCGGCAGAUCAAAUUGGUGCUGAUCAUGGAUUAAUAGCCGAGGAGUGAUUUUUCAUCUUAAAGGUUCCCAAUGUUGAACAUGUCCACACCGAGAGAGCUGAAGUCUCCCUGCGUGACUCGCAACGGCAUGGUAAAGUUACCCCCCAGCCAGCCCAACGGUCUGGGCAGUGCGAGCAUCACCAAGGGGACGCCUGCUGCCAAGAAUCGCCUAUGCCAGUCCUCCUCCGUACCCUCCAUCCUUCCUCCUCCGCCAUCCUCCCUUCCCUACCACCACCACCCUCUGGAUGUCCCUGGAAUGCCUCACACGGCGGCCCCACUCUUGACCUCCGACCUGGAGCCCGUAAAGCCUCUGGUGGGCCUGAAGCCAUCUCUCCGCCAGCUUCCCCCUCUCACCUUACCCAAACCCAUUCUGCUGGAGCGUCAGCUUGUCCUGGAUGAGAAGCUGCUAAACCGACUGCUCUGGUACUUCACCACAGCUGAAAAAUGCGUCCUGGCACAGGUAUGCAAGACGUGGCGCAAGGUGCUGUACCAGCCCAAGUUCUGGGAGGGCGUGACACCCAUCUUGCAUGCCAAGGAGCUAUAUACCCUACUACCCACUGGAGAGAAGGAGUUUGUCAGCCUGCAGGCCUUUGCCCUGCGUGGAUUCCAGUCAUUCUGCUUAGUGGGUGUGUCGGACCUCGACAUUUGUGAGUUCAUUGACAACUACCCGCUCUCCAAGAAGGGUGUCCGCUCGGUCAGCCUCAAGAGAUCCACCAUCACAGACGCUGGUUUGGAGGUCAUGUUGGAGCAAAUGCAGGGUCUGAUGCACCUCGAGCUGUCGGGCUGCAACGACUUCACAGAGGCCGGCCUGUGGUCCAGUCUCAAUGCCCGGCUAACCUCCCUCAGCGUCAGUGACUGCAUCAACGUGGCGGACGACGCAAUUGCUGCUAUCUCACAGCUCCUGCCCAACCUGUCGGAGCUGAGCCUGCAGGCCUACCACGUCACUGACACCGCCAUGGCCUACUUUACAGCCAAGCAGGGCUACACCACCCACACUCUGCGGCUUCACUCCUGCUGGGAGAUCACCAAUCAUGGUGUGGUGAACAUGGUGCACAGCCUCCCCAACCUGACAGCCCUCAGCCUCUCCGGCUGCUCCAAGAUCACCGACGACGGCGUGGAGCUGGUGGCCGAGAACCUGCGCAAGCUGCGCAGACUGGACUUAUCCUGGUGCCCUCGGAUCACUGACAUGGCCCUGGAGUACAUCGCCUGUGACCUGCACAAGUUGGAAGAGCUGGUGCUGGACAGGUGUGUGCGGAUCACAGACACCGGCUUGGGCUACUUGUCCACAAUGUCAUCAUUAAGAAGCCUUUAUCUGCGCUGGUGCUGUCAGGUUCAAGACUUUGGUCUGCAACACUUGUUUGGAAUGAGAAGUCUUCGUCUACUGUCUCUUGCAGGCUGCCCGCUGCUGACCACCACCGGCCUGUCGGGCCUCAUCCAGCUGCACGAGCUGGAGGAGCUGGAGCUGACCAACUGCCCCGGAGCCACGGCCGAGCUCUUCAAAUACUACUCCCAGCACCUACCCCACUGCAUGGUCAUCGAAUAGGACCACCGAGCUGGCCCGCGACUUACAGAGCACCACACUUCAACUUUUCUCCCCCUUUACCUUUUUUUCCGUCACACUUUUCCUAAAUGCCACCCCCACCCCACCCCCCACCCCCAGGAUACCGAACAGCUCCUGCUAUACCACCACCGUUCCUCAUCACCUGACCCCACAUCCCGCCCGUCUUCCUCCACACCCCAUUGAGUAGACUGACCUACAAAGGCGGACAGAGAGGCAGGGAGACAGAUGAUGGGUACGCGUCAGACCCAGGAGGGAAUGCGGGGACGGCGUCUGUUAGCUCCGUUGUGAGAAGAAGUGAAGAGCUUGGUGUGACGUCUUGUCAGACAGCAAGUUUCUUUUUCACAAUCAGCGAAAGGCUUUUUGCUUACAGGGGAGAGCUUCUCUAAAGACUUGGGAGAUUUUUUUUUAAAACUGAAUGGAUACUGAAGGGAGUGACGUGCAGCGAAGAGGAAAGUAGAUAAAAAGGGAAAUAAAGACUUUUGUGUUAUAGCCGUUGGAACUUAUAUAAAAAAAAACGCGCUCAUACACCGCAAACACACUCACCAACAUACUGUAUAUCGUAAAUGAAGUAAAUCUAAGUCCUCAAGACCAUGAUUACUGACAUUUCUGAUCGACUUCCAUCACACCGUGUAAUAUAUCCGCUGUUUCAUCGUUUUUCUUGGAAGGUAUCAAAGUUUCUGUUGUUUUUUUUUUUGUUUUUUUUGCUGUUGUUUUUUGUUUUUUCUUGAUCUGAGAGAGACACCACAAUGCCAGCCGGGGGAGACGGGGAUCAGACAGAACUACAAAGGUAAACUUCAGGAAGUGAAUUACAGCGACGGAGCAUUUUUUCUCCCUCCUUCAGUGUGCGUGUGUGUGAAGUGUCAUGGACUCACGGCUCAUCGUCAUCUUUUUUGGGAUACCGCCAUCUUUUCUGCCUCCACCAUUGGAAAAAAAAGGACAAAGAAGAAAGUGUAAAACAGAAAAAAACAGAACAAAAACGCGACCGUUUACAUUGGCUUUUGUCGGGAGUUGCACGCUUGAUUGACUUGAUUGGCUUCCUUUUGUUGUGGUCUACUCUUCAGUUUUCGUAUGCAUAUUUCAUUUACAGAUGUGCUAAGGGAGAACUGUUGUAAAUGGUGUGGGUUUUUUUUUUUUUUGUUGAAACGGUGCAACGCGACCAAGCGGUUGAGGAAAUCGGAAGAGCAGCGUUUGGGUUCAGUGCCGAGGAUAGACUCCCGUUAGCAAGAGAGGACUUUUGUGCAAGCGAUCGCUACGUUGCGCAAGGAAGUUUUGUCCAAGUUUGAGGGCAAUUUUUAAUUUCUUUCCAUGGCAACUUGUGAUCGGAUUCAAGCUUGCUGGGAUCUGGGGCUGCGAGCGUUUUAAAACCAGGUCAAAGGUUUCAGUAUUUAAUCAACAACUGCAGGUGACAAAGACAAUGGUAGUUUGUGUGAAUUUUACACAUUUUCCUGCUAGCCCACAAGUCAGAGAAACUCAUGAAUGCUCUUGUUUUCAAAUCACGUUGGAAAAGCUUAAUUUACUCUAUUAUAGCUACGUUCAUUUGCUUCAGUCGUGUAUUAUAGCUGUUGUUCGCGGCGUCAUUUCCCUCAUAUCACAGCAAACUGAUUUGACACUCGACGCACAAGGCCGCCAUUGUUCCCACGAGUGCUACUAACACUCUAACCGUGUACGACAAAGCAUGAGCAACAGCAGACAAGAUCGGACAGGCAUUAUCAGCUGGCUGGGGAGGUGUUGAAUGCGUCACAAUAAUUAACGAAACCCAUAUAAAAACAAAUAAAUUAGACCUUGGAUUCUUAUGUGUAGUUAAGCUAGGCUAAGCUAACCAUUCAACAUGGCUUUGUGUUGCUAAACUGAUACUAAAAGAGUGUCUGACUCCAGUUAAGGAGGGAAAAAAAUGGUAAAGUUUCACAUAAACCAAAGAAUUCUCAAGUCAGUUGUAGUUUCUGCCCUCCCCCACUGCUUCUCUCGAGGUGACGUUAAAAGACAACGGAUGAGCCCACCGGUGAGCCGCCGUCCUGCUUUUUUUUUUUUUAAUUUGCCUUGCGUGUCCUCAGAUGUGCUGACUGCCAACUGAAAAGGGACUGGAUCAGUGUCAGCCAGUAUUAGGGGUUGUGCCAAAUGCAUCCGCAGCAGCGCAGGAAACGGGCCGAUCGCCACUAGUGGGUCGCUGACUACAAUGAAACGGACUGUAUGGAUGGACCGGGCACACCAUGCAUGUGUUUUCUUUCUUUUUUUAAUUAUUUUUUUGUUGUUAUUUUCAGGCGGCUCAUUUUCAAAAAAAAAAAAAGGCACCCCUUCAGUGUACAUAACUAUAUCUAUUUAUUCAUGUAUUUAUUUAUUUAAUUAAAUUAAUUUGUGUCUUAUUUAAGGAAUUUAUUUAUUUAUUGAAGAUCUUUUUUUUUUGGAACUUGCUCGAAAUUGGGACUUAUUCAUUAAUUGGUGUUUUUUUUUUUGUUUGUUUUUUAAUUAUUAUCAUUAUGUUGUGACAUUUCAGCCCCUUUCCUUCCCCACCAAGUGAAAUAAUGUACACAUUUAACACGCGCUCUUGUGUUAAGUCACACGAGUGACAGUUAACAUCAUUAACGGUGACUUUUUAAAUCUUCAUAAUACACGAAAGUAUAUUUUCCUCUGUGCAAUUCUGUGUCAACUUUGUAUUGCAGCUCGGGCCCUUCUGUAAGAAUACCGGGGGGGGGCCGGGCGGCGGUGAUGUUAUAUUUACUGUCAUUGUCCUGAAUGUGGCAGCGAAAUACAGAGUAUGAUAUACAUAAAGGCAAGUCUGAGAUCCACUUCUGUCACGGCUAAGAUAUGUUUACACUGUAUAAUAGUAUCAAAGCGGGCUAAAUCUCUUGAGGAUUCUAUGGAAGCUUAUUACUGACAAAACUAUUGAAUCUAAAGCUUAUUUAAUUACGACUUAAGCAUGACCAAGAAAGAAAACUGGCUUUGGCACUAACUCUGAGGUCAAGACUUUACUGAACAUUGUGGUGACGUGUUACAUGCAAGACAACAGUGCUGGGUUUAUUAUUAAUCUUUCUACUUAAGUGGAAUUAUCAGUUGAGGAAGGCCAUAAAAACCUGGAAGCAGCCCGGUGGGUGUUCACUAUUGUGCCAUACCUAUUGCCAAGAGUUCCUUUCAUUCUUUCUUUUUUUUCUUUCUUUCUUUCUUCUUUUUUUUUUUAGCUUGUGUCCAGCUUGUGGAAGUAAUCGAUAGUGGCUGAUAAUAAAAUUGUAUUCAAGUUUUGAUUUGGGAGAAGAUAAUAAUAAUAAAAAAAAAAAUUACUGAAAAAAAAUAAAAAUAAAAAAAUAAAAUCACCAUUUAUUUACGAUUGUUUAUGUUGUUUUCAAUAACUGAAUUAAAUGAGGUUUUCAUUCAGCAAAGUGGACAGCUGCUUUAGAUCAUUGUGCGUUUUACAUUGAUCCAGCGUAACAUUAUGAUCACCGACAGGAGAUGUGAAUAACAUCUUGUGUCAACGUUCUGCUGAGAAACUUAGAUCAGGUACCCCCACCCUAUAGCACAAGGUGUUGACCUGACUGGGAUGAUCCACUAUACAGGCCCCUUUCUUCAACCCAUAGGACCCAAAGACCCCCCACUAACAACACCACAGGACACCCUCAGAAGGACCAUGUCCAUUCUCUGAUGAGUCCACACAAUGAGACCUACACAAUAUUAGGAAGGUGGUCGUAAUGUUAUGCCUGAUCAGUAUAACGUCAGACUGUGAUGCAAAAAAUGAUUCCCACGUGCAAAAAUCUAAGUAUUAUCGAUUGUACUGACCUGAUCCCAGUUCCUACGCUCUGACUUCAAUUACUGACCAACACAAAUGUGCUCUUUCAGUAGUUUUGCUAUUGAUGAGCUUCCAAAGGAUUCACAUGUGUGUCGUGAACUCUAACUCAUUAGAUGCUAAAGAACUAACAACUAAACUUCCUAAGGAGCGCCGUCUGGAGCGACUUCCUUAGAUAAAUUGUUUUUUAAGUGUUCUAGAUACGUUGUCACCAUUUUGCCACAGCUCAUGUGAUCAUGUGGUAACUGACAAGAAGUCGUUUGCUCUUUCAGUUUGUGUUUCGCCGUCUCAUGCCCGAACUGAUGUUAUCGGAAGGCCGUCCUUGCACUGAUGGCUUCUAUAGUCCAUUUUAAAAAAAAGAAAAAAGAAAUUAAGCUAAAACCUUUGACUCACAUCAUCACCACACCAACGUGUCAGGCAGAAUCUAAUUCAGUCAGCAAGCGGGUUUGGAACAUGUUUUUUCAGUAUUUUCAGUAGCAAUGUGAAAUGUUGCAAAGAAGGAUGGAUGCACUCGGUUUUGUAUGACUAGUUUUCCUGCAGCUCUUAAGCAAAUAAAAUGUAAUGUUGUCAUUAAGGGGUCGACCAAGGGGUUGGUGUGUAAUUUUACGACAUAUUCAUAAGUCCUAAGGGUUUACUUUCUUACAAGGUUUUCUUGAAAGGCUCAUGUGUCAUCACAUGACCUCGGUAUUAAAUGGUAUUGAUGGUAAGCGGCAUGACACCUGCAGCACCUUUGUUGGUGCAAAACCUGAACCUUAUCCUUGAGUAUUUCCAUUUUUUAUUUUUUUUUUUUCUAAUUUUAGUAUAGAGGGUGUUUUGUAAGGAGGCAAGUUUGUAAUAUACACUGAUCAACCGCAACAUUAAAACCACUGACAGGAAAAAUUAAUAACAUUUGUGACAACUCAGUGUUCUGCUGGGAAACUUUUGGACCUGGCAUUCAUGUUGAUGUUACUUAGACAUGCACCACCCGCCAAGACCAGACCAGACGCUCUUUGAUUUGAUUUGGCAGCAGUCGUCCCCAGCCGGGACGCAACCAGACACAGACACACACAGACACACACAAAAACAGUUUAGGAACAACUAAAAAAAAAAAAAAAAAACAUGAAAAACAGC